UCUUCUCUCCUCCCUCCCUCGUACUGUACGUACGCGGUUGUUGUCUUGUCUGUCUCUGUUUUUCUUAUACAUAUAUAUGUCGCUUUUUCGUCCUUGUUGUUCCAUCACAAUUUGUUUUUUCUGUUAUUAUUAUUAUUAGGGUUUCUCUUCUCAAUUUCUUCUCUUAUUCUUGUUGACUUUCGCCACUCAUAUUUUCUCAUUUCGUCUAAUUGAUGGUUCAGUUCAUGGCUUCUAGGAAUGUCCGUUCAGAAUCGGUGUCUAAUCGUGAAAAUAUUCCGGUCAAAUUUGAAAUUGAGGAUUAUCUCGAAGAAGAACACUCUCCUCUUCAUAAGCGUUGCAAGCAAUGGAGUGCUUCGAACGAUGCAUCUUUGAGUUCUUCUUCGCAAGACAAUAGUAUACUUGAUGAGCCUAGCCCUUUGGGUUUAAGUCUUAAGAAGAGUCUUUCAUUUUUAGAAUUGAUACAAAUGAAGCUGUCUCAAGGGAAUAUGGUUCUUGUAAAUAAAAGAGAUGAUAGUUUAAACUCUGGGUCGAAAAAAGAGAGUCGGGCUCCUGCCGAAAAGCUGAAGGCUUCAAAUUUCCCAGCCAUGCUUUUAAAGAUCGGUUCAUGGGAGUAUAAAUCAAAACAUGAGGGCGAUUUAGUGGCAAAGUGUUACUUUGCCAAAGAGAAGCUUGUUUGGGAAGUUCUUGAUGGUGAACUCAAGAGUAAAAUAGAAAUCCAAUGGUCAGAUAUCACGGCAAUUAAAGCAAAUUGUCCUGAAGAUGGACCUAGCUCAUUGACUUUAGUUGUUGCUAGACAGCCUCUCUUCUUCAGGGAGACCAAUCCUCAACCUAGAAAGCACACACUGUGGCAAACUACAACUGAUUUUACCGGUGGGCAGGCUAGCAAACACAGGAAGCAUUUUUUGCAAUGUGAACAAGGACUGUUGACAAAACAUUUUGAAAAGCUCAUCCAGUGCAGCUUACAUCUUAAUUUAUUAAGCAGACAGCCAGAGAUUAUAUUGGAGUCACCUUAUUUUGAUACACGACUCACUGCUUUUGAGAAACCUGACAAUGGCAAAGGAUCAGCAACGACUCGUUUUCAGAACACGGGAUCUCCUCAUUCGUCCCUGUCACCAUCAUUUACCAUUGAGCACAGUGAUCCUUCUGCCAUUACUUUAGAUAGCGUGCCAUGCGAAGCACCUUCCUCCAGUUCAGAAGGAAUAUAUUCUUCUGAAGCUGAUUCGAAGGGCCCAAGUAACUUGGAUCAAAUAAAACUGCCCGGCCUCCGUCAUUCUAUGUCUCGGAGCGAUUUCAUUGACUAUAUUCAACAUGACCUUUCCGAAGAAAUGAACUCAGGGAAUCCAUCCUUUUCUGCUGAAAGAUUGGAUUACCUAAAAAUGCUGGAUGAUGUUGGACAGCAUCUGCUUAGUGACAAUCAGGUUACAAUAGCUUCCAAUGACAAUUCAUUUAUUUCAAGGGUCAGUUCUCUUUGCAAUAUUCUGCAAUUGGAUCCUGCAGAAGUGCUGAAUUCACUCGACAAAGGACCUGGAAAAAAUAUUCAACUUGGUCAUGAUCUUGAGUCAAUGCAGGGCAACGGAACCAAAAUAGAUAUCAAGGCUGCUGCUGAGGAGGACUCAAGAGAUGUUUAUGGUGGCAAUCCGACAUCAGGCAUGUCCAGGAAUGACUCCUAUGCAAACUUGCUUCUUGAUCUUCCUCGAAUUGCAUCUCUUCCGCGAAUUGCAUCUCUUUCAUCCCUAUAUAAAUAACAUUAGUUGUUUGAAAUUUCAGAAUGUCCAAGUAGCAUAAAAAGUUCAAUUUUUAUCAUGGGAGGCACUAGGAUUUGGAAAUAUUUUAAUGAAGAAGCUUGGUGCAGCCUGUGUGAACAAUUUCUAGGUGUUUUAGCUUUAUUUAUUAUUUCUCAUUGAGACUCAUUAAUAGUUUUCUGAGUGUAAGUAAAUUGUGUUUUACCUAUUUAAAACAUUCUGGUACAUUGAUUUAUUAGAUACUCGUAUCGAUUUGACUCUUA